AUGAGCAUCUUCAUCUUCGGCUCUCGAGAGUCGGCCUUUGAUUCAACAAACACACAGAAGAUGAAAGCUUUUUGGAUGGUAUUCGGGCUUGUAGCCUUAUUGCACCUUCACCAUCUCUCAGCAACCCAUGAUCCGAACAUGAUGCUUUCAGAUAUAGCCUCAUACCCAACGGGGGCCGGAUCGAGCUUCACAGAAAAUCACUCCUCCGGCCUUAACCAGCAAGGCAGCAUUCCACUUUCGGUUCCCUUGACAGCCCGCAAUCAGCAUUCGAAAAGGUUGAUGUUAUUUGAUUAUAUGGGCGUGGAAGGCCAAAGGGAGUCUUCAUUAUCCUUGCGACGUGCCGGCCGUGACACCACAGAACAUACCGUUUAUCAGCCAGCUUCAAAACAACAAAAGCUUGAUCUCACUUUGUCAUUGGGACUACCAGGUAUGGGCAAAGAUGCAACUGUCCUCCCGAAUUCAUCGAGUUCUUCUUGCCUAAAAUCGAGUCCUUUUGAAGAGGAGAAAGAUCACUCGUAG